AUGCAACAUAUUCCUCUAAUUUUUAGAGGGCCGCAAUGGGAGUCCAACCAUCCAUGUGUUCCCAUUCUCAAAAGUAAGCAUAGCUUUUCAACACUGCCAUUUUAUAACAUUCUGCUAUGGAUCCUCCUCGGAGUUCUAACGUUCCCAUGUUGUGUCCGGUGUUUAAUAUUCAAAGUGGGGGUCCUUGGACCCUGGAACUGCGAUCCCAUUUACUCCAGGGCCCUUCCAGCAGCAGCCGCCAAACUGGCUGUGGGCAGGAUAAACGAGGACUUUACUUUAGAUUUGGGCUUGAAAAUGGACUUUAUUAUUCUUGAGGAGCCAUGCGAAACAUCUAAGGCUCUCACCACAUUUGUUUACUAUGAGAAGAUGGCCGAUGCCUUUCUGGGCCCCACGAACUCAGGCUAUUGCAAUUCGGCUUCACUUUUAGGCAAGAACUGGGAUAAAGCCAUCUUUUCGUAUGGCUGCACCAACUAUGACUUGGAUCGCAGCAGUGGAUAUCCAACCUUUGCAAGGACAUUGCCGUCUCCCACUCAAGUGUUGUUCACUGUGCUGAGACAUUUCAGGUGGGCAAAUAUUGGUGUGGUCUCGUCCAAUGAGGAUAUAUGGAUGGAUGCUGCUGGUAACCUAGCUAAUGCCUUAAGAAACAGGGGGCUUCUUGUUGGCAUAGUGACAUCUAUCGGUAAAAAUGGCACUGAGAUGGAAGACACACUGAGGAGGAUACAGGCUGCAGGAGAGAUAAAGGUCAUCAUCAUGUGCAUGCAUUCAGUCCUGAUCGGAGGGGAGCAGCAGACACAUUUUCUUCUCAAGGCUCAUGAAAUGGGCCUAACCAGGGGGCAAUAUGUGUUUGUGCCCUAUGAUACACUCCUCUACAGUCUGCCGUACACCAACAUCUCCUACUUCCCCCUGCAAAACGACAGUAGGCUGAGGCAGGCCUAUGACACUGUGUUAACCAUUACCAUGGCCUCAGAGCUCAUGUCCUUCAACCAGGCUUUCAACAUGGCCAAGAGGACUGAGGAACUGCCAGUAGCUGUGGAACCAGAGCAGGUCAAUCCACUUUUUGGGACCAUCUACAACAGUAUAUACCUGUUGGCCAAAUCCAUCAACAAUGCCAGAAGAGCUGGCCUGUGGCUGUCAGGCUCUAACAUAGCCUACCUCACAAGAAAUACCACCUUUGAUGGUUUCAACCAGAGGAUAAAGGUGGACCCUGGAGGGGAAGGCAAAACCAACUACAUCAUCCUCGAUUCAGAUAGCAGAAGAAGCCAACUGUACUGUGUCUACCUGGUGGAUCUGAACUCUGAGAUAGUUAGGUUUGCAGGGAGGUCCAUCCAUUUUCCUGGGGGAUCCCCUCCAGUCUCAGACUCCAGCUGCUGGUUUGACCCCAAUGCUAUCUGUUCUGGUGGUGUGGAGAUCACCUAUGUCAUAGCGGCUUUUGUUGUCGUCUUCAUUGUGGCCAUAGGAGGACUUGGUCUAACAUUAUUGAUAAGGAGGAGAAUCCAGCAGAUCCAGCUGGUCAAGGGGCCCAAUCGGAUCCUGUUAACCUUAGAGGAUCUCACUUUUAUCAACCCCCAGCUUAGUAAAAAAAAAAUCAACUUAGAGGAUCUGGGUUGUUCAAGUGCAAUAGAAGAUAGUAUGAAAUCUGGAGACCACUCAUAUUCAGUCAGCAGCACUCCAACAGUAACACAUGAGACCACCAAUGUAGCCGUGUAUGAGGGUGACUGGGUGUGGCUGAAGAAAUUUGAGGAGGGUCACUUUAAGGAGGUGAAGCAGAGCACCACGAGGACUUUCACAAAGAUGAAGGACCUGAGAAAUGAAAACGUCAACCCAUUCCUUGGUUUCUUCUCUGACUGCUCCAUGUUUGCUGUGGUGACAGAGCAUUGCUCUCGGGGCAGUCUGCACGACCUGCUGAGGAAUGACGAUGUGAAACUGGACUGGAUGUUCAAGUCCUCACUUCUGCUAGACCUCAUUAAGGGUAUGAAAUACCUGCACCACAGAGAUUUCCCCCAUGGCAGACUUAAGUCUCGUAACUGUGUGGUAGAUGGACGUUUUGUCCUGAAGGUUACUGACUACGGUUUCAAUGAGCUGCUGGAAUCCCAGAAAGCUCCAACAGAAGAUCCCCAACCUGAAGAAUUGUUUUGGACAGCUCCAGAAUUCUUGCGAGACCCGGAGAGCAUGCGUAAAGGGACCUAUAAGGGAGAUGUGUACAGCUUUGCAAUCAUUCUCCAAGAAGUGGUAGUAAGGGGUGCGCCAUACUGCAUGUUAGGUCUACUUCCUGAGGAAAUCAUCCGUAAGGUGAAGAAGCCCCCUCCCAUGUGUCGUCCCACUGUAGCCCCAGACCAGGCUCCUCUGGAGUGCAUCCAGCUGAUGAAGCAGUGCUGGAGUGAACUGCCGGACCGUAGACCAGGCUUUGAUGAGAUCUUCGACCAGUUCAAGCUCAUCAACAAGGGUAAAAAGACCAACAUUAUUGACUCCAUGCUGAGAAUGCUGGAGCAGUACAGCUCUAACCUGGAGGAGUUGAUACGAGAGAGGACGGAGGAGCUGGAAGUGGAAAAACAGAGAACAGAGAAACUCUUGGCUGAGAUGCUCCCACCUUCUGUGGCAGAGGCUCUGAAGACCGGCGCCACAGUGGAGCCAGAGUUCUUUGACCAAGUGACAAUCUAUUUCAGCGACAUUGUGGGCUUCACCACCAUCUCUUCCCUUAGUGAUCCCAUCGAGGUUGUGGACCUUCUCAAUGACCUCUACUCUCUGUUUGACGCAGUGCUCAGCAACCAUGAUGUCUACAAGGUGGAGACCAUUGGUGAUGCUUACAUGGUGGCAUCAGGCCUGCCCAAGAGGAAUGGCAACAAGCAUGCUGCAGAGAUUGCCAACAUGUCUCUGAACAUCCUCAGCUCAGUGGGAAGCUUCCAGAUGCGGCACAUGCCUGAUGUGCCUGUUAGGAUACGUAUAGGAAUCCACUCAGGGUCCUGUGUAGCCGGUGUGGUGGGUCUGACCAUGCCUCGGUACUGCCUUUUUGGAGACACGGUCAACACUGCCUCUCGGAUGGAAUCAACUGGGCUGCCUUAUAGAAUCCAUGUGAACAUGAGCACUGUGAAGAUCCUCCAUUCUCUCGAUGAGGGCUAUAAGAUAGAGGUCAGGGGCAAGACGGAGCUGAAGGGUAAAGGCAUUGAAGAGACAUACUGGCUGGUGGGGAAAACGAGCUUCACAAAGCCAUUGCCAAAACCUCCAGAGAUUAAACCAGGGGACAACUGGCAAGACAUGGUGACAGACGAGAUCAAGACCAUUUUUCGCAAAGCCAACAGGCAGGUAGACAAGCCCAAGAUCUGA